UGGCGUUGUCGGAACCACCCGCGUGCAUGCUACAGUACUCAGAGUACUGUCGCUCAGCUGUUCUGUUUUUAGCUGAAGUGAAGAAGACAAGACUAGUACUAGACCUACCAUUAGUUGGUUUUCGACUUCGGACCGGUCAGGAUCAGCGGCGAAGAGCGUCGAGCUCGGUAGAUAGAUCCCUUCAAUACUCGGAUAUAGUUGUUCCGAGCUUUUCGCAGCAGUUGUCUAGCGACGCCGUGUCACUCGCAGGUGUCGACCUGCUUCUGCAGUUCUUUCAUUGACUGAUUGAAGAGUGUCGCGCUACUUAGUGUUUGUGUGUGAUCCCCGGUCUUGAGAGGCUGUCGUCAGAGUCGAUUGCGUUGCGGUGAUUACAGUAUUCCGUGAGAGGCAGACAGACACUCAGCUAGAUCAGACCUGAUCCUGUAGGAUUCUGGGCGUUGAGAGCUGAGCUUAGGCGGACAGGGUUAGGGGUGCUAUGCCGUUCUUCAAGUCGAGCAAAUCGCCCACCGACGUGGUGAAAGCAACACGCGAGGCUCUUACAGCAAUAGAGAAAGGAGAUGGCGGAGCUAGUAAGAAGGCUGCCAGCAAAGCGAGUGAAGAAGCGACGAAGGGCAUAAGUGGUAUCAAGUUGAUCCUCUUUGGCACACCAGAUUCGGAGCCGCACGCAGAGUCCGUGGUGCAGCUGUCUCAAGAAGUGUACCACUCCAAUCUGCUAGUCUUGCUCAUAUCUUGUUUAGAGCGCAUGGACUUCGAGUCACGGAAAGACAUCGUUCUCAUCUUCAACAAUCUCCUGCGGCGGAACGUUGGCGGUAGACAACCGACUGUCGAGUACAUCAUCAGCAGCAAACCGGAAAUUAUUGGUCUUCUUUUCCAUGGGUACGAGAACCCCUCGAUUGCUCUCAACUGUGGCAUGAUGAUGCGUGAGUGUGUGCGCUAUGAGCAGCUUGCAAAGCUAAUUCUUAAACAUGAAGACUUCUUCUGUCUAUUCAAACUGGUCGAGCUUCCGACUUUUGACAUCGCUUCGGACGCCUUCUCAACCCUCAGGGAAUUGCUAACGAGGCACAAAGUUCUGGCAGCGGAGUUUCUCGAAAAGCACUAUGACCAGGUUUUCUCCUCGUAUGACCACCUGCUGCACUCUGAGAACUAUGUCACGAAGCGGCAGUCUCUGAAGCUCCUUGGCGAGCUCUUGCUUGAUCGGCACAACUUCGCCACAAUGAGCAAGUACAUCAGCAACGUGGACAACCUUAAGCAGAUGAUGAACCUCUUGCGGGACAAGAGUAGAAACAUCCAGUACGAGGCUUUUCAUGUGUUUAAGGUGUUCGUGGCUAAUCCGAACAAGAACAAGCUGAUUCUGGACAUUCUGCUGAAGAACCGAGAGAAGCUCAUCGAUUUCUUGGGAAGGUUUCACAAUGAUCGUUCCGAGGAUGAGCAAUUCACUGAUGAGAAGGCGUACCUAAUCAAACAAAUCCAGGAACUGCAGCAGCCAGCCGAGAGCAAGUAGUAGUAGUGAUGGCGAUGACGAUGGCAGUAUACAUCCUGCUGGCUCAUCACAGCAUGGUCACCAAUAGCAGCGUACAGUAUUGUUGUAGAUGAGAUAAAACAUACUACUGUAUCGUACACACACACGUUCACACACACACACACACACACACACACACACACGUUCACACACACACACACACACACACACACACACACACACACACACACACACACACACACACACACACACACACACACACACACACACACACACACACACACA